AUGGAAUUACUUUAUGCCGCACAUGUACUGAUAAAAUACAAUUUAUCAGCAUUACUCAUCGAUAUCGAUCCACACCUUAUAAAAGAAAAGAAAGUAACCGAGUUAUUAAUGAAAGAUGAAGCAAAGUGGAAACUCAUAAAAGACAAAUUUCAUGACGCCCGAGUUAAGUAUUAUCGUUUUAAAGAAAAAGUUUUAAAUGAAUUACGCGAUGCUGGUUGGCGUAUACAAAGACGAACAAAAAAAAUAAAACACUCGUAUGAAAGACGAAAAGAAGUUUCGAAACCACCUAUUCAUCAAGAACAGGAAGAUGAGGCCUAUUAUAUUGAACAUGAGUAUGACAAUUAUCAUCAAACAAAUUAUGACACAACAAUUACAGAAACAUCUUCGAUCUCUGUUUUCACAAACAAAGAAGACGAAUAUGAAGACGAAGAUUUAGAUUCAAAUGAUGAAUUUGAAAAAUUAGAUAAACUUGAAGGUAUUUGUGAUCAAUUGGUAUGGAAUGGAUACAAAAAUGAUUCAUCAUCAUAUGUUUUAACAACAUAUUUAAUGGCAGAUAAAACAAUUUGUUCACUGAGUGACAGCGAAGAGGAUGUGUCUUAUGAUUACGUUUGUGAAUAUGGUACGAUGAACGUGUUGGAUUUUUGUUUUGCCAAUGUUGUUUGUGGAAAGCAUGGAUAUUGUGUGAAUACACUAGCUGGUUUCAAAUGUUCAUGUUCAUUUCUAUAUGGUGGUCUACUCUGUGCACGAAGUAGGCGUUUUAAACAAACCAUGCACGAUCAUAAAGAAAAACGGAAAGAAAAAAAAAAAAACACUGAAGACGAUGAUGAUGAGAGAACAACAAGAACAAUAUUAGAAGAUGAUAUAGAUGAUAAUGUUGUGAACUAUCGUCAACAAGCCAUCGAACAACAGCAACAGCAAGAACAACAACAACGUGAUAUGAGCAAACAACGUCGUUCAACAAUUGCUGAAGAAAUUUUUGAGCUAUUCGCUCCACAAAGGCCGCAUCCACUUUUAAGUCCAGUCAAGAGAGAUUUAGCUCGCUUGUUUAUGGUCGGUGGUUUAUUUUUAUUUUUUUUAUUACUUUUACUAGUUACCACGACUGUUACACAUUUUACAAGUUUUCAAUUUGAUAUUACUGAUGAAAAAAAAUUAGAAAAUAUUGUUAAUGACACAGUUCGACUAGUAACACGAUGUGAAAAAAUAUCCGAUUAUAAAAUGGGCAAUUUAAUCAUGUUUCCAAUUUCACUAGCUUUGAUUGUCUUAUUUUCUUGGUUUAUUAAAAGUGAUAAAAAAUGGUUGAAACAUUGUGAUGGACGACCUGGUUUAAUACCACCAAUUGAGCCAUUUCGAACAGCCAAUCGUUUUACAACUGCUACCGUCUUUGGAAUAUUAGCAUUUGAAGUAUUAAAGAUAUUUGAAGAAUUAUUAUUUAGUACAACUGAGCCAUCAGAACAAGGUGUUUUAUUAGAAUUAAUUCAGCGUAUAGCUAUUGUAUUAUUAGUUGGAAUGCGUUAUUAUCCAAUAUUAGCAUCGUUACAAUUACGAAAUUGUUUUUGCCGUUGUACAACAUGGUUAUAUAUUCUUCUAGAUUUAUCAUAUACAAUUUAUCGUGAAGGUUCAUGUAUGGGCUUUUUACCAUUAUCAAAACAAUUUUCAGCUAUUGAAGAGUCAAAAUUACGUAUUGAAUUGGGUACAUGGUUUAUUAUUUAUGGUAUAAUUAAAAAUACUCCACAUUUUAUUUGUUUAUCUUAUAUUGCAUCUGAAUUAACUGUACGAUUUUUAUAUGAUUCAUGUUAUAAACAAGUAAAAUCUAAGAAAAGUAUCUGGGCAUCACCCGUUAUGGAAUAUGAUGAAUAUCAAUUUUCAAGAUAUUAUGUUAUGAAAUUAUUUCGACGUAAUCCAAAAUAUUAUCCGAACGAUCAGACAAAUUCUGUUCCUGGUACAACAGACAUAACCAAUGAUGAUGAAGAGUGGCGUUGGUAUGAAAAACAAGAAAAAUCAAGAGUAAAAUUAUUCUUGGAUAAAAUUUAUCCAUGGGAUGAUGAUUUUCGUUUUACAACAAUAGCUCUAUGUACAUACACAGUUGCAAUUAUAUUCUUGUAUUAUUUGGCAUGUACACUUGUAUUUUUAUAUUUAUCACGUACAUUUGGUCAUACAGCAUUUUUAAGAAGUUAUCUCGAACAAGUAUUAAAUGUAGAAUUAAGUGGCUGGUCAUUUAAACUUGAAGUUCUAUCUAGCGCAUUUUUAACAAGUUUACUCUAUCUUUGGCAAUUGUUUAAUGGAAUGCUAACGUAUAAAAAACAUAAAAAAGAGUUAUUUCAAGGUAUUUACCUGAAUGUUCCAACAUCAGCAGGAAUGAAACCAAAUUCUGUGGCAGCAAAAUCUGUUCACUAUAGCGGAUUUUUAGUUGGCUAUAUGGCGUGGGGUUAUAUUAUUUGUUUUCAUUUAAUAUUUUUUGUAUUGGGCAUAUUACGAUUAUUUCGUGCUCGAGUGCGAUACAUUGAAUUAUUGAUGACCAUUAUUGUACCAGUAUUGGUGAUUUAUUUAAUGAAAUUAGUUAUGGUUUCAUCUGCUGGAAAAUGUUUAUUUAUUCAAGAUCUGGGUGACAAAUUAAAUCUAAAAAAUCGUAAAACAUACGCAGUUUUUGUUUAUUUCAAUUUUUUUGCUGAUUGCUUUUUGGGAAUCGCAUCAUGUAUUAUUCGAUUAAUUAAAGCGACGUGUCUAAAUAUUGCAUAUAUGGCACGUUUAGAUUGUAGUUUUCUUGGUCGGCCACUGGAAAAAUAUGCUCGUUCCUCUCUAAGACAUCAAAAUAAAUGCUUGUCUUUUUACCCAGAUAUCGGCUUUGCCGCUUAUGUGUCAUAUUUACACAUGGAAGUAACUCAUACACAUCCUGUCAUGUUAGCAUUUUGUUAUUCAUUGUAUGACGAUGUUAUAAAACGACGUAAAAAAGGUUACGAUGACGAAUGUUGUAUAGGGCCAGGUGAAUUUGACAGCGAUAAUGAAACGGAUAAAACUGUUAAUACUAUAACAGAAAGUCAAAGAAAUGACAGAACUAGAAAAAAUAACGUUGAUCAUAUUAAUAAUGAUGACGAUUUGUACACAGAAAUAAAAAAAUCAUUAGAAAAUGGUUUUAAAUCAAAUACGAAGGGACAACACCAACAAAGUCAAAAGCAAAUAACAGCAGAUUCAAAAUCUCAAGAUGAGAAUGUCAAUGAAAGACUUCCAGUGAAAAAUAACGAAUCAACAACAUUUGAAACUAUAGCACAAAUUAUGCCACACAAGCAACCAGCUUUACCAAUUUAUAAGGAUGAUAAUGAUGACGAUGAUGAUGAUGAUCAAGCAGAUGAUGGCGGGCCACCAACUCCUAAAGGUAUUGAAAAACCAAAAUCAACCCAAAAACAUGUUAAGGAUGUAGGGGACGAGGUGGAAUUUGACGAUGAUGGUGGAAUUGUGCCAAAAUCGUAUCCUACUAUCGAAAAAGCGCUCGUUAAAAAUGCAAAACGACCACGCUUACCAGAAAUCACCACAAGUAACCAAACCAACGCCCCAAAAAUACCUCAGCGGCAGGAUAGACCAAAAUUAAAAGUAAGCGAAGACUUUGAAGAAGAUGAGGAUGGUGGAAUAGUUCCAAAAACGUAUGACACCAUUGCGAAAGCUAUACCAAAAGAAAGGCCACGACUCAAUCCAAUGCAGCAAUCGGCUAAAAAGCAGAACAAAUCUGAAGUAGAUGACAAUGGAAGUUUAAAACCUGAAGUGAAAAAAGUUACAGAGCUAAAAUCGCAAGACAAAGAACAAACUAAAGAUGAGCAGGGUCGUAACACAACAACUAAAGUAACAUCAAAACAAAAAGGCUCUCAAAAAAAGGCGGAAAAGCAAAUAGUUGAAGAUAUCGAGGACGAUGAUGGGGGUAUAGUAAGACCACCGCAAACCUAUGAUACGAUCAUUAAAGUUAUUUCGAAGAAAAAACCCGUUUUGUCCAAAAUUGAAAACUCGUCGAUAAGCGACCAUGACGAGAAAAAUAGAGUGCACAAUAGUAAAGGAAAAAGUUUAGACAAAAAAACGAAAAAUAAUAAGGUAAGACCAGUACAAAGUGAAGAUGAUCUACUGGAGGAUGAUGACGGAGGAAUUCGCAAAUCAAAUAAAUCUUAUGACACCGUAUUUAAACUAAUUCCAUCGACAAAACCAAAAUUACCCGAUAAUUCUCGCAGAUCAGAUUCAAAAGUUAAAAAAAGAGGCGUAGGAGGCAGUGAUAAUAGUUCAAUAAAUAAACCAGAAUUAAAGUUAGCCAGAUCUUUAUUAAGAAGUUCAUCGAACGAGGAGGAUGAGAGAAUGAAAAUAUAUGACAAGAUUAAGCAUUCGUAUGAUGAUGGUAAUAAAAACAAUAAUAACAACACUGCUACGACUACGACCAGUAAUGAUGAUGAAGAAAUAAAAUACGAUAACAGAAAACAAUAUCGUCCACCAACUUAUGAUCAAGUUCAAAAUCAUACUCAGAUGCUCCGCACAAUAUCUUAUCGUCAAGCGCAACAGUCACCACCGCCACCGUUACCAUCCCGUCAACCGUUAAUUGAUAAAAACAAUCAAAAUAAUCAUCAACCUCACGUAUCGUCGUCUAAUCAGAGUAAUAGCGAUUCAGUACUACCCUCAUCCAGGACGAUAUCCGACGGCGGUUCAUUACAAUCAUCUCCAAGUACUUCAAUACAAGAGAUACAAUCACAAAAACAACAACAAUCAGCAAAGCAAGACAUUGACGGUGACACAGAAGCGGAUGUAAGGACCGAUGAUGAUGAGGAAGAUGCCGACGAAGAUAGCCAGAGUUCAUCACAACGAAGCGUAUUAGAACCAUUACCAAAUAUUACUACCGCUAAUCCAACUUUAAGUAAAGUUUUUCCUCUUUUACCUCAAGAAAAAGUGCAAGAACAGGCUAUCGUACUGAAGAGAAAGAGAGCUCGUUUUCGGUGGUAUUUAGCUUAUACUAUACUUAAUAAUUAUCACUUAUUCGAUUUACGACGUCUGGUAGCAUUACGUUUGCAUCGCAGUAAUAUUCAAAUGGAACAGCAGCCAAUCCAAUCAGCAGAAAUUUCCAAAAAAACUCAAUCUCAACAACCAUAUUUAUCGGUGCCAUCUCGACAGUUCGAAGAAACACCUCACAGCCCAGCUGAAAUAUAUAUUCGGAAUAAAGCAAAUCAACUUAUUGAUGCAAGUCCGCCGCCACCUUUCUUUCCUGUAUCACCAUCAGUAAUAGAUCAAAAUAUUUUAUUUAAUAAUGCUAACGGCGAACGACAAUCGAAAAUGGCCACUCAUUCUCAGGUUAGUAUUUACAGUCAAGGGUUCCCAAUUGUUAGAAUCCAUCCACCAAGUGACGAAACAACCACUUCUACUACAAGACAAAUUGAUUCUGAGACAAUAGGAGGAACAAAUCGUCCUCCAUUUGUUCGCCAAAAAUCUGUGCCACCGCCGUCGACAUCUUCAAUAGUCUAUACUGAUCGUACACCCUUUUUGCCUGUAACGAAUUCUACAGUAUCAGACGAACAAACAGGAAUUAGAACAAUGACCACAAGUCCAACAACAACAUUAUUAACCACGUUAAGUCAUCAACAACAAAUGCAAUCGUGGAAACAAAAGAAAAUGGAAAAACUAAGGAAAAAACAUCCACAUUGUUAUGUAUACGGUGGACAGGAACCAAUAGCAAACAAUCCUUUAGCAUCUGCAAUACUUACGCCUUUUUUAGUACAUUCUAUUAAAAAAGCAACACCACAAGGUACAGCAAUGGUUGGAAGACAGACACGUUCACCGUUUUAUGGACAUAAUAUUAAUAAUAAUAUUAAUAAUAAUAGUAAUAAUAAUAACAAUAAUGCUCAACAGGCACAAACACGUCGGGUGCAUACAGCGCCAAUAUCAAAUAGUAGAAGCAGUAAUCAAUUUGAAGUUGUUUCUGAAAUCAAAGGCGACGAUAAUCAGCAUCAUUCGAAAAAGCAUAAGCGGCACUCAAAAAAGAAUACUGAACAGUCUCAACCUAUUCCACCGCCAAGAAUGGAUUUGAAAACAGUAGAAUCAAGCAAACCUUAUGAGUCAUUUGGUUUUACUGUUGUGGGUCAUGAUAGUCCAAAUAGAUCUAACUCAGCAUCAUUUCAACAAUCUGAUGUAAGACAAAAGCGAACAAUAAAUUCAGCCUUGUCUAAUAUCUCUGUUGGACAGAGUCAACAUCCAUCCUCAUCAAAUUCUGCAAAAAAUCAAAUCAUUUACAAUUCCUCAUUAAGCACAAAUCAUGAAUCUACUGCUGUUUAA